AGGAGGCGAUGUGUGGAAGCAGUGAGGGUAACCCUCUGCUCCCAGAACCCACUGCUGCUGAGCUGGGUGGCACUGCAGCAACGGAAUGUCCUCAGUCUGUCCCUGGAGGAUGGGAACGAGUCGUGAAGCAAAGGUUAUCCGGGAAGACAGCAGGAAAACUUGAUGUGUAUUUUAUCAGAAGACACCGUCCCACGAACACAAAUCGAAAGAAGAAAAACAAGCUUGUAUUUUUCCAGCAAGUAUAACAAUGCAGCUCUUAGCCCCCCACGACGUAAAGCCUUUAAGAAGUGGACACCUCCACGGUCACCUUUUAACCUCGUCCAGGAAACACUUUUUCACGACCCGUGGAAGCUUCUCAUUGCAACUAUAUUUCUCAAUCGGACCUCAGGCAGAAUGGCCAUACCUGUGCUCUGGGAGUUUCUGGAGAAGUACCCUUCAGCCGAGGCAGCCAGAGCCGCAGACUGGAGAGAUGUGUCCGAACUUCUCAAGCCGCUUGGUCUCUAUGAUCUCCGAGCAAAAACCAUCAUCAAGUUCUCAGAUGAGUACCUGACAAAGCAGUGGAAAUAUCCAAUUGAGCUUCAUGGGAUUGGUAAAUAUGGCAAUGACUCCUACCGAAUUUUUUGCAUCGGCGAGUGGAAGCAGGUGCAUCCUGAAGAUCACAAGUUAAAUAAAUAUCAUGACUGGCUCUGGGAAAAUCAUGAGAAACUAAGUCUGUCUUGAAACUUUCACACUUGCCUUUUAUGCAUUGUGUUGCACUUUAGUUCUUAGCUCCAGCAGCACACCCAGCCACUUUUUCAGAGAUGUAGAUUUUAAUAAACCCAACUAGAAACCC